AUGAUUAUCUUUAGCUUCAAUUGGGACGUGGCCAAAUUCAAGCCGGACUUCAGCAUAGUUCCAUCUAAAGGGUAUAUCGCAUCAGGGAUGGACCUGCCUUUGGAAAUCGCAUUCCAUCCUUCAGUUGUGAACGCAGACAUCCGAUACAGCAACCUCACUUGUAAUAUAGAGGGGGGCAAACCUCUUAAGCUCACCCUUACUGGAGUGUGUGCUGCGUGUCCUCCUACUGGAAAGGAACUUGUCCAGUUCCAAUGUAGUGUGCGAGAGACCGACCGUAAAAUGGUCAGCAUCAGCAACAAGACCGGAUCUCAGUGGAUUCUGACUCCGGUUAUCGAGGCCGAAUUCUUCCAGGGUCCAGAUACCCUGGUUAUUGAAGCAGGAGCGACAAAACUGUACAACAUUUCAUACAAGCCAUUCCGAAUGACGUCGGCUGAUAAGAAGCACCUGGGAUCAGUUUUCUUCGCACUUCCAGACGGAAGUGAACUUUUGUAUAAUAUGCAAGGUGCCGCGGAUCCUCCAAAGCCGGUAGACACUAUCAUCCGGGAGGUUCCUUUCAAACAGCCUCACACUGAGUUGAUUCCUGUUAGUAACUGGGAGAAGACUCCGCAGAAGUUCAAGGUCAUCAUAGACCUGAUGAAGCCGGAUAAACUGGAUCCCUCUACUCAACUUAAUGAGCUGGAUUAUUUGGACGUUCCUGGGUUGACUAAAAGAGAUUAUAAGCUGAAUUUCUACUCGCAUAAAGAAGGGAACUUCCAGGCCAAGGUGGUCUACUCACUACCACCACAUUUCCCCCUCUAG